CCACUUCUUCUUCUUCUUCUUCUUCCUCCUCCUAUUAAUCUCUAUAAGUAUCUUUCUAGUUAAAUUUGUCUUUCCCUUCCCCUGUAAUUCUUUUUCAAGCCAUGGGAACCCAUAAUGAAAUAUAUGAUGAUCAGAAGAAUUCUUUUGAGGUGCAGAAAGAGGGAGCAGGGAAAGAUAACUUCGUAGAUGAUUGGCUUCCCAUAUCUGCUACUUCACGGAAUGCAAAAUGGUGGUACGCAACCUUCCACAAUGUCACUGCCAUGGUUGGUGCUGGUGUCCUCAGUCUUCCCUAUGCCAUGUCCGAGCUUGGAUGGGGUCCUGGUGUGGUUAUCCUUGUACUAUCAUGGGCAAUCACUCUUUUCACCCUAUGGCAAAUGGUUGAGAUGCAUGAGAUGGUUCCAGGGAAGCGGUUUGACAGGUACCAUGAGUUGGGUCAAUAUGCUUUUGGAGAAAAACUUGGACUUUGGAUUGUGGUACCUCAGCAAUUGAUUUGUGAAGUUGGAGUGGAUAUAGUAUACAUGGUCACAGGAGGGACAUCACUGCAGAAGUUCCAUGACCUUAUCGUCCCCAGUGGCCCAAAAAUCAAGCUCACCUACUUCAUUAUGAUUUUUGCUUCUUGUCACUUUGUUCUUUCGUUCCUUCCCAACUUCAACUCCAUCUCUGUUGUUUCUCUAGCUGCUGCAGUCAUGUCCUUGAGCUAUUCUACAAUUGCUUGGGCUGCUUCAGCUGCCAAGGAGGUUCAACCUGAUGUGCAAUAUGGGUAUGCAGCCACAACCACUACAGGAACUGUGUUUAACUUCUUAAGCGCCCUAGGUGACAUUGCUUUUGCCUAUGCUGGGCACAAUGUGGUGUUGGAGAUCCAAGCAACAAUCCCUUCUACACCUGAGAGGCCUUCCAAGAAACCUAUGUGGAGGGGUGUGCUUUUUGCCUAUUUGGUCGUUGCCGUAUGUUACUUUCCGGUUGCAAUUAUCGGCUACGCGAUGUUCGGCAAUGCCGUGAACAGCAAUGUUCUUAUCUCACUAUAUAAACCUACAUGGCUGAUUGCCAUGGCUAACAUGUUUGUGGUUAUCCAUGUUAUUGGGAGUUACCAGAUUUAUGCCAUGCCAGUGUUUGACAUGAUAGAAACUGCAUUGGUGAAGAAAUUGCAUUUCAAGCCUUGUUUUAGACUUCGCUUCUUUGCGAGGACCUCAUAUGUUGCAUUUACUAUGUUCGUUGCUAUAACCUUCCCUUUCUUUGGUGGACUUCUUGGAUUCUUUGGAGGAUUUGCUUUUGCCCCAACAACAUACUAUCUUCCUUGCAUCAUGUGGCUGGCCAUAUACAAGCCCAAAAGAUUCAGCUUAUCUUGGAUUGUAAAUUGGAUCUGCAUAAUACUUGGUAUUCUGUUGACGAUCUUAGCACCUAUCGGUGGACUUAGACAGAUUAUUGUUGAUGCCAGCACCUACACAUUUUACUCGUAGAUGAAGAUGAUCAUAUUGGUACAAGCAUGCAAGAGAAGGUUCUUUGUAAAUGAUAAUCAAAAAAGAUGAUGAUGAUGAUGAUGAUGAUGCCAGAGAUGACCAUUGCUGCUUAUCUUAUUAGACACAAGGUUUAUGUUUCAAUGAAGAUCCAUUUAGUUGGUAAACUUUUAUGUAUAAGGAAUUAGUUCUGCACAAUUUAUUGAA